AUGAUGCCGAUGCCAGGCGCCGACAUGCAGAGCGCUAUGGGUGGACCCAUGGGGGGACCGAUGGGGGCCAUGGGGGGCAUGGGGCCGUCAAUGCAAGCGCAGCAGUUUCUCUCGUCCUUCCACGCAGCAGGCCCGGCAGCAGCGCCACCCGAUGCUCAGCUAGAGGCCCUGUGGAACGAGGCUCGGCAUGCCCAAGCCAUGCCGCCAGGCAUGGCAGCAGGCAUGGCGCCUCUGGACGCAGCAGCAGCGGCGCAUUUCCGGGAGUUUGAGCAGAUCUUUGGAGGCAUGUCACUUGAUGGUGGCGCUGCUGCUAGCGGUGAUGCCUCCACCAUGCAGCCGCCUGCAAUCCCCGGGCUGCCCCCCCAGCAGCAACUGGCGGUGCGCGCCCUGCUGCACUCCUUCCUCUCCUCCACACAAGCAGGCGUGCCCCUCCCCGCGCACCCCCACGCGCCCCUCCCCCCCCUCGCGCACCUCUCCCCCGCGGACCGAGCACGCAUCCGCAACCGCUCCUCCAUCCUCGCUCGCCACGUGUUUGCACACCAGGGGGGGGCGGGCGCGCAGGGGAAGGGCUUUGCCUCCGCGCAGGUGGCCGCGCUGCUGCGCUCCCUGGGUAUAGAGGACCUGGGGGAGGGCGCAGGGGGCGCGGAGGGCGCGCUCAUGGGCGCGCCUGGCCCGCUGGGGGGCAGGUUCCGCGAGUUUGAGGACUUUUGGAAGGAUGCGGGGGAGGUGGCGGGUGGUGGGGGGAUGGUGGCGGGUGUGGGCGGAGUGGGGGGCGCAGGGGGGUGGGUGGGGGAGUUUGAGGCGCAGCAACAGCAGAGGUGGCGGGAGGAGGGGGGAGAGAGCAGCAGCACGGGGUGGGCGGACGAGUUUGCUGAGGACUGGCAGCAGCAGCAGCGAGUGAGGGAGGAGGCGAGGGCGGGGGGUCCACGCAGCGAGGCAGAGAGGGUGGCAGCGAGGCAGCAGACACAGCGCAUCGUGGACACACUCGCCCAGGACCCCAACCCCAACGAGGCGGAGAGGGUGGCAGCGAGGCAGCAGACACAGCGCAUCGUGGACACACUCGCCCAGGACCCCAACCCCAAGUUCCAGCAAUCCCAGUUCCUUCAGUUUGUGUCCAAGAUGAGUCGCGGCGAGCUGAUAGCCAAGGAGGGCGGAGUGAGGGAGGUCUCGCCUCUAGAACAAUCCAAGUUCUUGCAGUUUGUGUCCAAGAUGAGUCGAGGCGAGCUGAUAGCGGAGGAGGGCGGAGUGAGGGAGGUGUCUCCUGCAGAAGCAGCGGCGGCCGCAGCAACAGAGCAGUGGGCGAGCGAGUUUGAGAACCUGCACCAGCACGAGCACGUGCACUCACAUGCCAUCAAGGCGGACGCUGAUUGGGCCACUGAAUUCGCUGCCCGGAACGAGUCAUCAACGUCGCUGGAUUCAAGGGACUGGGCGGACGAGUUUGCGCAGCAGAUGGCACACGCACACCCGCACGGGCAUGCACACGCGGAGGGCGAGGGUGUGGUGGAGGAUGGCGACCCCAGCGCAUGGCUUGAGUCGUACGAGCGGUACGUGGAGGAGCAGUUGCGCGACGAGCAGCAGAGGAGGGCGGAGUCAUCCUCAUCCCGCUGGCCCUACGCCUUUGCCGACAAGAACCCCUAUGUGGGCCACCCCCAGCCCUUCCAGCAGGGGCAGGACCUCUUCCGGCGAGGGCUACUGAGCGAGGCGAUACUGGCGCUGGAAGCCGAGGUGCUGUGCAACGAGGGCAACUCCGAGGCCUGGCGCCUGCUGGGCGUCUCCCACGCUGAGAACGACGAUGACAGACAGGCCAUAGCAGCCAUGACGCGUGCUCGAGAUGCGGACCCCACCAACCUGGAUGUACUGCUCGCCUUGGGCGUCAGCCACACCAACGAGCUGGAGCAGGCGGAGGCGCUGUACCAUCUGCGCAGCUGGCUGCAGAACCACGCCAAGUACAAGUCCCUCGUGCCGCCCUCCGGCCCCGCCUCCAUGUCCCACUCCGAUGUUGUACAGCUGUACACAGAGGCAGCUCGCAUGGCGCCAGAGGAUGCCGACCUGCAGGUGGUGCUGGGUGUGCUGUUCAACCUCUCCCACGAGUACGACCGUGCCAAGGCUUCCUUCCGCAGAGCCCUUGCGCUGCGCCCCUCCGACUACUCGCUCUGGAACAAGCUGGGCGCCACUCAGGCCAACAGUGCGCAGUCCGCUGAAGCAAUUGAGGCGUACCAGAAGGCUUUGGAUUUGAAGCCGAAUUAUGUUCGUGCAUGGACGAACAUGGGCAUUGGAUAUGCCAACCAAGGCAAGUACGAGGAGUCGGCUCGCUUCUAUGUUCGUGCGAUUGCGAUGAAUCCAACAGCCGAGAAUGCGUGGCAGUACCUGAGAAUCGCAUUAAGCUGCGCUGGAAAGGCGGAGCUACUCCCAGCUUGUGAUGCCCAUGAUGUGGAUGCUCUUCAGAGGGAGUACCCGUUGUGA